AUGCCGGAAUACCAUCCUGGCCAUGGUCACAGAGAACGAGGAGAUGCUGGUGAUCCACGGAGUCGUUUCAAAUUUAUGCGACCAGAUGACCGACCCGAUAAAGUACGUACUGGUCCAUUGGUGUUUGAAGAUCGUUUGACAGAGCCAUCGGGAUCUACUGAUCCUCAAGAAGUGUUGACUGUAUAUAAUAAUCCUUAUGCCUCAUUGAACAUGAAGCAACAACGAGCUCGGCUUCCAAUUUAUAAGAACAGAGAUCAUAUUCUAUACCUAUGCGAGAAAUAUCGAACUGUUAUCAUCGUUGGCGAGACUGGCUGUGGUAAAAGUACCCAGGUCCCUCAGUACCUCUUGGAGGCAGGAUGGGCCAGUGACGGUCGGAUGAUCGGAAUCACUCAACCUCGGAAGAGUUGCGGUUGUUACGGUAUGUCUAAAGAGUUUUAUUAUUUUGACUACCCUCAUGCUGUCAUACUGCCUGCCGUUACUUUUUAUCUUCUAUGUCUUACUCAAAAGUUAGCGGCUCGUGUUGCGGAAGAGAAAGAGACUAUUCUCGGGCAGGACGUGGGUUACACAGUCCGCUUCGAUGACGUCACUGAUGACCAGACGAAGAUCAAGGUUUUUUAUCUCCAUUCAUUAAUUGAUAUUAGCGAACAUUUUUUUGCUAUGUAUUCUGUAGGUCGGUAG